AUGAAUACAAAAUGGGGAAAGUCUUGCUUCCGGUCACAUGACAGGGGCUUGUUUGUGCUGCAGCGCGCGUCUUUUCACUGUUGGCGCGGUGCUUUCAGACCAGACGUCCCUGGCCGCUUCUCUUCACCCUCCUCUCCAUCCUCUUCCUCUUCAUCAGACCCUCUGUCUUUCACCCUUCCACCUACCUCCAGAACUUUCCCCUGCCUUCCACCUCUCCAAACCCCGGGCAUAUCUAGUCCUCUCUGCUCGCUCCUCCAGAUCCGACCAGAGUCCCGGGAAGUUCCAGUCAUGUCAGACACCGUUGGAAGCCGGCGAGAGCAGAGCAGCCCCGGACACAAGCACCGCUCGUCUCGCUGGUCCCACAGCCGGAAGAGGGGCAUCGACGGACACCUGCGGCAGCGAUCAGACGAUGACAGUGAGCCCAAACACACCAACUCGGACAGAAGACAGGACAGCUUCACCACCCCAGAGACCACAGGCCCAGUGUCCCGCUGCGGAGCCACAGACUGGGGCAGUCUGGUGGAGGAGAGCGAGAGGCGCGACACACAACCGUACAGGCGCAGGAUACUGGGCUCAGACGUCGCCCACAGAGAGAGGAAAGCUUCGUCUGGCUCAUCAGGAAGCUGUGACUCCAAAGAGGGAGAGCCUCUGGAGACGGACGAGGCGGUGUUGCUUCGCAGACAAAAGCAGAUCAACUAUGGGAAGAACACACUGGCCUACGACCGCUACAUCAAGGAGGUUCCCAAGCACCUGCGGCAGAAUGGAGUGCACCCACGAACGCCAAACAAGAUGCGGAAGUACAGCCGCCGCUCUUGGGACCAGCAGAUCAAACUGUGGAGGGUCAGUCUGCACAUGUGGGACCCCCCCGCGGCAGAGGGCCAGCAGCCGGUCUUGGACCACAUGACGGAGAUGGCUCUGGACGAUGUGAUGGACAUUGAACUGGACUUCCCGGUUCUGGUCGACCCCUCGGAGCAGAGCUCGGCGCCACUCUGCAUCUCUCUCAAAGAGGACUGUGAGGGAACUCCAGUGAAGCUGCACAAAGCGGACACGGACUGA